AUGGUCUACUGGGGCUGCGGCACGCCGCGCAACCGCCUGGCGUGGGCGUGGGUCGUCACGAUGGCGUCCCUGGGCGCUGCGCUGUUCUGCAUGGGCGCGGCGAAGCUUGACGCCUGCAAGUACCUCCUAGUGGCCCUCCAGGCGUGCAGCAUCGAGACCUGCAGCCUGCCGCCCAAGGCGAUGCUCAUCGCCGGCGCGGCGCUGAUCGUGGCAGCGCUGCCGCCGCUGUUGUUCUUUGGCGGCUGCUCGGAGCGGCCGGCAGGGGCGCCGCUGGCAGCCGGCAAGGCGAGUACCCAUACAGCUGAGUCCGACAUCACCGUCGUGCGCCAGGGCCACAACGGCGUCGCGCUUUGCUACAAAUACGACGGGGACGGCCGCCUGAUUGUCGCCCCGGACCGCUUCAGCGAGGAGAGCGUCGACAAGGCGGCGGCGCUGCGCGGCAGCGGCGGCUCGUGGGGCAGGUCCUCGCCCAAGCUGUCAGAAACCUAUGUGCCGCGGCAGUGGGAUAACUCGUCUUGCUACGUAUCGGCGGCGCCGCGCGGGGCCGCGCGCUGCGCAGAGCAGCGGGUGCCAGCGCCGGCACCGGGCGGCUCGGCGCAGCGGCUGUCGCAGCCGGGCGGCGGGUUGACGCCACUGCAUGCGGGGCGGCAGGCGUCGCUUGCACGCGCCCAGUCAGACCUUUAUUCGAUCAACAACCCUUGA